AUGGAAGAGAUCCUAAGGAAGCUGCAGAAGGAAGCGUCCGGGAGCAAGUACAAAGCCAUCAAAGAGAGCUGCACCUGGGCCCUUGAAACCCUGGAUAGUGUGGAUACCAUUGUCAAGAUCCCUCCACACUUGCUGAGGGAGAAAUGCCUGCUGCCUCUCCAGUUGGCUUUGGAAUCCAAGAAUGUGAAGCUGGCCCAACAUGCCUUGGCAGGGAUACAGAAGCUUCUGGCGGAAGAGAGGUUUGUAUCCAUGGAAACGGACUCUGAUGAGAAGCAGCUGCUCAAUCAGAUCCUGAACACCGUGAAAGUGACGCCUUCCCUCCACGAAGACCUGCAGGUGGAAGUGAUGAAGGUUUUACUCUGCAUAACCUACACCCCAACCUUUGACCUGAAUGGGAGCGCAGUGCUGAAGAUCGCGGAGGUGUGCAUUGAAACAUACAUAUGUAGCUGUCACCAGCGUAGUAUAAACACUGCUGUGCGGGCAACUCUCAGUCAAAUGCUGAGUGACUUGACUUUACAGUUACGACAAAGGCAGGAGAAUACGAUAAUCGAAAACCCGGAUGUACCGCAGGAAUUCAGGAGUCAAGGGUCAACAGUAGAGUCCCUCUGUGAUGACCUUGUCUCUGUGCUCACUGUUCUGUGUGAGAAGCUCCAAGCUGCCAUCAAUGACAGUCAGCAGCUGCAGCUUCUGUACCUGGAGUGCGUUCUGUCCGUGCUCAGCAGUUCCUCCUCCUCCAUGCGGCUGCACAGAGGCUUCACGGACCUCAUCUGGAAAAAUCUUUGCCCUGCUCUCAUCGUGAUCCUGGGCAAUCCGAUUCAUGACAAAACCAUCACCUCUGCUCAUAGCAGCAACACGAGUACCAGCAUCGAAUCGGACUCUGCGUCUCCAGGGGUUUCUGACCACGGCCGGGGGUCAGGCUGCUCCUCCACCGCACCAGCCCUCAGUGGGCCUGUGGCUCGGACCAUCUAUUACAUCGCAGCUGAGCUGGUCCGGCUGGUGGGGUCAGUGGACUCCAUGAAGCCUGUGCUGCAGUCGCUCUAUCACCGCGUGCUGCUUUAUCCCCCACCCCAGCACCGGGUGGAAGCCAUCAAAAUAAUGAAAGAGCUACUUGGGAGCCCACAGCGUCUCUGUGAUUUGGCAGGACCCAGCUCCACUGAACCUGAAUCCAAAAAAAGAUCAAUUUCAAAAAGAAAGUCUCAUCUGGAUCUUCUCAAACUCAUCAUGGAUGGCAUGACUGAGGCGUGCAUCAAGGGUGGCAUCGAAGCCUGCUAUGCUGCCGUGUCCUGCGUCUGCACAUUGCUUGGGGCCUUAGAAGAGCUCAGCCAGGGCAAGGGCUUGAGCGAAAGUCAGGUCCAGCUGCUGCUUCUGCGUCUGGAGGAGCUGAAGGACGGGACCGAGUCGAGCCGAGACUCCAUGGAGAUCAAUGAGGCUGACUUCCGCUGGCAGCGGCGAGUCCUGUCUUCAGAACACACGCCCUGGGAGUCGGGGAACGAGCGGAGCCCUGACAUCAGCAUCAGCGUUACCACGGACACAGGUCAGACCACUUUGGAGGGAGAGUUGGGUCAGACCACACCCGAGGACCACUCCGAAAACCACAAGAAUGGCCUCAAGUCGCCAGCCGUCCAGGAGGGCAAGGAGACUCUGAGUAAAGUGUCAGAACCGGAAGCCGUGGACCAGCCAGAUGUGGUUCAAAGGAGCCACAUGGUUGCCUACCCCGAUAUAACUAACUUCCUGUCCGUUGACUGCAGGAUGAGGUCCUACGGAUCCAGAUACAGUGAGAGCAAUUUCAGCGUAGACGACCAAGACCUCUCCAGGACAGAGUUUGAUUCCUGUGAUCAGUACUCAAUGGCAGCAGAAAAGGACUCGGGGAGGUCUGACGUGUCGGACAUUGGGUCGGACAACUGUUCUCUAGUUGAUGGGGAGCAGACCCCUCGGGACUGCCUGGGCCACAGGUCCCUGCGGACUGCAGCUCUGUCUCUCAAACUACUGAAAAACCAGGAAGCCGAUCAGCACAGCGCCCGGCUGUUCGUGCAGUCCCUGGAGAGCCUCCUGCCGCGCCUCCUGGCCCUGCCCAGUGUGGAAGAGGUGGACUCGGCCCUCCAGAACUUUGCCUCUACCUUCUGCUCAGGCAUGAUGCACUCCCCGGGAUUCGACGGGAACGGCAGCCUGGGCUUGCAGAUGCUGAUGAACGCGGACAGCCUGUACGCGGCCGCGCACUGUGCCCUGCUGCUCAACCUGAAGCUCUCCCACGGAGACUACUACCGGAAGCGGCCCGCCCUGGCGCCAGGCACCAUGAAAGAGUUCAUGAAGCAGGUCCAGACCAGCGGGGUGCUGAUGGUCUUCUCCCAGGCCUGGAUCGAGGAACUUUACCACCAGGUUCUCGACAGAAACAUGCUCGGAGAAGCGGGCUACUGGGGCAGCCCCGAGGACAACAGCCUUCCGCUCAUCACCAUGCUGACUGAUAUCGAUGGCUUAGAGAGCAGUGCAAUUGGAGGGCAGCUGAUGGCCUCAGCUUCUAUGGAGUCUCCUUUCACCCAGGGCAGGAGAAUUGAUGACUCCACAGUGGCAGGUGUGGCGUUCGCUCGCUACAUUCUGGUUGGCUGCUGGAAGAACUUGAUCGACACUUUAUCAACCCCCCUGACCGGCCGAAUGGCGGGGAGCUCCAGAGGGCUGGCCUUCAUUCUGGGAGCUGAAGGCAUCAAAGAACAGAACCAAAAAGAACGGGAUGCCAUCUGCAUGAGCCUCGAUGGGCUGCGGAAAGCAGCACGGCUGAGCUGUGCUCUAGGAGUUGCAGCCAACUGUGCGUCAGCCCUCGCCCAGAUGGCAGCUGCCUCCUGUGUCCAGGAAGAGAAAGAGGAAAGGGAAAUCCAGGAACCCGGUGAUGCCAUAGCACAAGUGAAACUAAAAGUGGAGCAGAAACUGGAGCAGAUCGGGAAGCUGCAGGGGGUAUGGCUGCACACAGCCCACGUCCUGUGCAUGGAUGCCAUCCUCAGUGUCGGCCUGGAGAUGGGCAGCCACAACCCGGACUGCUGGCCACACGUGUUCAGGGUGUGCGAGUAUGUGGGCACGUUGGAGCAUACCCACUUCAGCGACGGCACCUCUCGGCCCCCACUGACCAUCAGCCAGCCUCAGAAGGCCCCCAGAGGCGGACUCCUCGGGGACCUGGAGAGCGAGGGCUCACCCCAAGAGCAGAGCCUGGAGCAGGGGAGCUCCCUGAGCGCGGCCCCCGUCAUCCAGCCCCUCUCCAUCCAGGAGCUCGUCCGGGAAGGCAGCCGAGGCCGAGCUUCCGACUUCCGUGGUGGCAGCCUCAUGACGGGCAGCAGCGCCGCCAAGGUCGUGCUCACGCUCUCCACCCAGGCCGACAGGCUCUUUGAAGAUGCUACAGAUAAGUUGAACCUCAUGGCUCUGGGAGGUUUUCUUUACCAGCUGAAGAAAGCAUCGCAGUCCCAGCUUUUCCAUUCCGUUACAGAAACGGUUGAUUACUCACUGGCAAUGCCAGGAGAAGUGAAAUCCACCCAAGACCGAAAAAGUGCCCUCCACCUGUUCCGCCUCGGGGACGCCAUGCUGAGGAUCGUGCAGAGCAAAUCGAGGCCCCUGUUCCACGUGAUGCGCUGCUGGAGUCUUGUGGCGCCACACCUGGUGGAGGCUGCCUGCCAUAAGGAAAGACAUGUGUCUCAGAAGGCAGUUUCUUUCAUCCAUGAUAUACUGACGGAGGUUCUCACUGACUGGAAUGAGCCACCUCAUUUUCACUUUAAUGAAGCACUCUUCCGACCUUUUGAGCGUAUCAUGCAGCUGGAGUUGUGUGACGAGGAUGUCCAAGACCAGGUCAUCACAUCCAUCGGUGAGCUGGUUGAAGUGUGUUCCACCCAGAUCCAGUCGGGCUGGAGGCCCUUGUUCAGUGCCCUGGAAACAGUGCACAGUGGGGACAAGUCUGAGGUGAAGGAGUACCUGGUCGGUGACUACUCCAUGGGAAAAGGCCAGGCUCCGGUGUUUGAUGUAUUCGAAGCUUUUCUCAAUACCGACAACAUCCAGGUCUUUGCUAAUGCGGCCACUAGUUACAUCAUGUGCCUUAUGAAGUUUGUCAAAGGACUGGGGGAGGUGGACUGUAAAGAAAUCGGAGACUGUGUCCCAGGAUCCGGAGCCACGUCCCCAGACCUGUGCCUCCCUGCCCUGGAUUACCUCAGGCGCUGUUCUCAGUUGUUGGCCAAAAUCUACAAAAUGCCCUUGAAGCCAAUAUUCCUUAGUGGGCGACUCGCUAGCUUGCCCCGAAGACUUCAAGAGCAGUCGGCAAGCAGUGAGGAUGGAAUUGAGUCAGUCUUGUCUGACUUUGAUGAUGAUACUGGUCUGAUAGAAGUCUGGAUCAUUCUGCUGGAGCAGCUCACAGCAGCUGUGUCUAACUGUCCACGUCAGCACCAACCCCCGACCUUGGAUUUGCUCUUUGAGCUGUUGAGAGAUGUUACCAAAACACCUGGACCAGGGUUUGGCAUCUAUGCAGUUGUUCACCUUCUCCUUCCUGUGAUGUCCCUUUGGCUUCGCCGCAGCCAUAAAGACCAUUCUUACUGGGACGUGGCCUCUGCUAACUUCAAGCAUGCCAUUGGUCUGUCCUGUGAGCUGGUGGUGGAGCACAUUCAGAGCUUCAUCCACUCAGACAUCAGGUACGAGAGCAUGCUCAACACGAUGCUGAAGGACCUCUUUGAGUUGCUGGUGGCGUGUGUGGCCAAGCCCACAGAAACCAUCUCCCGAGUGGGCUGCUCCUGUAUUAGGUAUGUCCUCGUGACAGCGGGCCCCGUGUUCAUGGAGGAGAUGUGGAGGCUGGCUUGCUGUGCCCUGCAGGACGCCUUCUCGGCCACGCUCAAGCCGGUGAAGGAUCUGCUGGGCUGCUUCCACAGCGGCACCGAGAGCUUCAGCGGGGAAGGCUGCCAGGUGAGGGUGGCGGCUCCAUCCUCCUCCCCCAGUGCUGAGGCCGAGUACUGGCGCAUCCGAGCCAUGGCUCAGCAGGUGUUUAUGUUGGACACCCAGAGCUCCCCAAAGACUCCAAACAACUUUGAUCAUGCUCAGUCCUGUCAGCUCAUUAUUGAACUGCCUCCUGAUGAGAAGCCAAAUGGACACACCAAGAAAAGUGUUUCCUUCAGGGAAAUUGUGGUGAGUUUACUAUCCCAUCAAGUGUUACUCCAGAACUUAUAUGAUAUCUUGUUAGAAGAGUUUGUCAAAGGCCCCUCUCCUGGGGAUGAGAAGAUCCAAGUGUCAGAAACCAAGCUGGCUGGCUUCCUCAGAUACAUCUCCAUGCAGAACUUGGCCGUCAUCUUUGACCUGCUGUUGGACUCCUACAGGACGGCCAGAGAGUUUGACACCAGCCCUGGGUUGAAGUGCCUGCUGAAGAAAGUGUCUGGCAUCGGGGGCGCUGCCAACCUCUACCGCCAGUCUGCCAUGAGUUUUAACAUUUAUUUCCAUGCACUGGUCUGUGCUGUUCUCAGCAACCAAGAAACCAUCACCGCUGAGCAAGUUAAGAAGGUCCUUUUUGAGGACGAUGAGAGGAGCACAGAUUCCUCCCAGCAGUGUUCAUCAGAAGAUGAAGACAUUUUUGAGGAGACCGCCCAGGUGAGCCCCCCUAGAGGCAAGGAGAAGAGGCAGUGGAGGGCUCGGAUGCCCUCCCUCAGUGUCCAGCCCAUCAGCAACGCGGACUGGGUGUGGCUGGUCAAGAGGCUUCACAAGCUGUGCAUGGAGCUGUGUAAUAACUACAUCCAGAUGCACUUGGACCUGGAAAACAGUAUGGAGGAGGCACCGAUCUUCAAGAGCGACCCUUUCUUCAUCCUCCCCUCCUUCCAGUCGGGGUCAUCCACCCCGUCCACUGGGGGCUUCUCGGGGAAAGACACACCUUCCGAGGAUGACCGCAGUCAGACCCGCGAUCACGCGGGCGAGCCGCCGAGCCUGAGGGGGACCAGCGGGGAAAUGCUGCUGCUGCCCCCGAGCCCCAAGGUGCAGAAGAGGGACCCCAGCCGCAAGAAGGAGUGGUGGGAGGACGCCGGCAACAAAAUCUACACCGCGGCAGCCGACAGGACCAUCUCAAAGCUGAUGACCGAGUACAAGAAGAGGAAACAACAGCAUAACCUGCCCACCUUCCCCAAAGAGGUCAAGGUGGAGAAGAAGGGAGAGCCACUGGGGCCCAGGGGCCAAGGCUCCCCGCUGCUCCAGCGGCCCCAGCACCUGAUGGACCAGGGGCAGAUGCGGCACUCCUUCAGCGCUGGCCCCGAGCUGCUGCGCCAGGAGAAGAGGCCCCGCUCGGGCUCCACCGGCAGCUCCCGGAGUGUCUCCGCAAGGGACGCCGAAGCCCAGAUCCAGGCAUGGACCAACAUGGUGCUAACAGUUCUCAAUCAGAUUCAGAUCCUUCCGGACCAGACCUUCACAGCGCUCCAGCCAGCAGUGUUCCCAUGCAUCAGCCAGCUGACCUGUCAUGUGACUGACAUCAGAGUUCGCCAGGCUGUGAGAGAAUGGCUUGGCAGAGUGGGCCGUGUCUAUGACAUCAUUGUGUAG